AUGACGUCACGAGACGGUUACUGAGCUUCGUCGCUUGGCGCUCGCGAUUUAAAACUUACCCGGGAGCCGUGGCGAGCCAAGAUGAGAAUUCCACGCUCAGGAACAAUGAAUAGCUCUUCUCCGAAGAUCCAUGGACAGCAGUUCGAUGUUUCGUCCCCUAUGGAGCGGGUGCUGUCAGGGCCCCGGCACGGGAAGGCCGCUCUCAGUACUCCUAACACCCCAGUCCUUGAAGACUUUCCUCAGAAUGAUGAUGAAAAGGAGCGGCUGCAGCGGAGACGCUCCAGGGUCUUUGACCUGCAGUUCAGUACAGACUCCAGUCAUCUGCUGGCCUCCCCUAACAGGAAUAUUGAUGUUUCAACUAUCACAUCUAAGUUUACAAACACACAGAUUACAGAACAUUACUCUACCUGUAUCAAGCUUUCUACUGAAAAUAAAAUCACUACUAAGAAUGCUUUUGGCUUACAUUUGAUUGAUUUCAUGUCGGAGAUUCUCAAACAGAAGGACGCAGAACCAACCAACUUUAAAGUGGCUGCUGGUACCUUGGAUGCUAGCACCAAGAUCUAUGCUGUACGUGUGGAUGCUGUCCAUGCUGAUGUAUACAGAGUCCUUGGAGGGCUGGGCAAAGACACACCAUCUCAAGAAGAAGUGGAGAGCCAUGGUGCAGAUGGAAGUGCUGUUGCACCAGAAACAACCAAAAAGACUGCAAAGACCAAGAAGAAGCCAUCCUGCAAAACCAUCGAGCAGAAUCUAAGCAACAUCAACGUCUCUGAAGCAGAUCGAAAGUGUGAGGUGGAUCCUAUGUUUCAGAAGACUGCAGCCUCGUUUGAUGAGUGCAGCACAGCUGGGGUGUUUCUCUCCACCCUUCACUGCCAGGACUACAGAAGCGAGCUGCUUUUUCCUUCAGACAUGCAGACUCUCUCCUCAGGAGAAGCUCUCGAGUUGCCAGAUUUAGGUUGGGUAGACAUGACAGAUUUAAAAGCGCCCCUGCAGCAGUGUGUGGAAGACCGCCAGCUCUGCCCUUCCCUGGCCGGGUUCCAGUUUACUAAAUGGGACAGUGAAACCCAUAAUGAGUCUGUGUCAGCCCUGGUGGACAAAUUUAAGAAGAAUGAUCACGUAUUUGACAUCGAUGCUGAGGUUGAAGACAGUGACAAUGGGGAUGUCCUUGAUGGGCCCCUGGUGGAAGACUUUGAUGACAACGAUGAACCAGACCCUUCUGCAGCUGGGGAUCAUGAAGAGCUGGGAAGCUGGAAGAACCUCUGCCAGGUCCAAAGCAGCCAGGAACAAAUGGUUUCCCUCGGGGACAGAGAUGUCCAAACCAUGUGUACCUUUUUAUCAAUGGACCCUGGAGAAUACUCCUAUUUCAGCCCCCGGACCAUGAAGAUGUGGGCUGGCCCCGAUCACUGGCGCUUUCGGCCUUCUCGACCCAAGCACGAUGCCACCUCCUGUGCGGAGAACAAAAAGAAGAGUGCAAAGAAGGACUUUGAAAUUAAUUUUGAUGAUGAUAUUGAUUUUGAUGCAUAUUUUCAGAAAACAAAGGCUGCUACCACUCUGACCAAGUUCACUUUGGAGAACCAGACUUGGAAAGCCACCACUCUCCCCACAGAUUUCCACUAUGAGACGGAUGCGCUCGUCCAGCUUCACCUCAAGCCUGGCAUAAAGUUACUUAAGAUGGACAAGAACCAGAAGGCAAAGACUGAGCACUAUGAGGAAAUUGAAGACUAUGAUUACAACAACCCUAACGAUACCUCCAACUUCUGUCCUGGACUUCAGGCUGGUGACAGUGAUGAUGAAGAGCCAAACGAUUUAUUUGCGGGAUCAGUUGGGACCUUUGACCUUGAAUCUGAUCCUUGCAGUACACCAAAGACAUCACAGGAGAAUGGUCACAUUUCUUCUGAAAACCAAGGAGUAGAUAUCACAACUUAUGGAGAGUCGAAUUUGGUGGCUGAGCCUCAGAAGGUAAAUAAAAUAGAAAUUCAUUAUGCCAAGACAGCCAAAAAGAUGGACAUGAAGAAGCUGAAGCAGAGCAUGUGGAGUCUGCUGACGGAGUUUUCUAGAAAGGAGGCUGACACAGAGACAAACCAAAGUGUCAAUGGAAAAGAAGGGGCCCCUGAGGAAGUAGCUGACAAGAAGAUGCUCAGUGGACUCACGACAGACCUGCAGAAGAGGCUGCCCCCGCUCAUGGCUCAGAACCUCUCCAUACCCUUGGCUUUUGCCUGUCUGCUGCAUUUAGCCAAUGAAAAGAAUCUGAAGCUGGAAGGCACAGAGGAUCUUUCUGAUGUUCUUGUGUUGCAAGGAGACUGAGGCCACU